ACACCGCAAACAACUUUUCUCACUUCCAUCCAUAUUGCUUCCCCUCUAUGUACUUACUUGCAGCCUAGCUGUAGACAUGGCCGCCAAGCUUCAUCCAUCCAUCCUUGUGUACUUCAUGUGCCUCAUGAUCCUCUCCCUUGGUCCAAACCAUUUAGCUCCGUGCACUGCACAGGUGCAGUCAUUCGUCUACUCCGGCUUCCAAGCAGCCGACAUCAUCCUGGACGGCUCCGCCAUGGUCCAACCUGGUAGACUCCUCCAGCUGACCAACAGCUCCGACAUCAUAGGCUACGCCUUCCACCGGGCUCCCUUGCAUUUCCGUGGCGGGACGGUACAAUCUUUUUCGCUCUCCUUCGUCUUCGCCGUCCAAUCCGAAUUUGACAAAGAAAGCAGUGGCGGCAUGGCCUUCUUCAUAGCUCCGGGCAGGAACUUCUCCGGCGCCAUGCCAGGCAGUUUCCUAGGCCUCUUCAACGCUUCCACAAACGGCAGACCCGACAACCACAUCUUCGUGGUUGAGCUCGACACUUUCGGGAACGGGGAGUUCAAGGACAUCGACAGCAACCAUGUUGGCAUCGACAUAAAUGGGCUGAUCUCCAUUGAAUCCCACACAGCUGGUUUCUAUGAUGAUGACACUGGUAGCUUCACAAACUUAUCUCUGAAUAGUGGGGAUCCCAUGCAAGUGUGGGUCGAAUAUGAUGCGCAGACCACACAGAUCGUAUCGACUUUGGCUCCGCUCGGUGCUGCCAAACCUCACAGACCAUUGUUUACAACCACCGCCAACCUCUCCGAUGUGCUCCAGAACCUAUCUUUUCUUGGCUUCUCGGGUUCCUCUGGCUCGCUCAGCACACUAUACUCCGUGCUUGGUUGGAGCUUUGCCAUGGAUGGCCCUGCUCCGGCAAUCAACAUCACCAAUUUGCCCAAGUUGCUUCGUGCCCAUCCGGAGUCUCGAUCUAAUGUGUUGGAGAUCGUCCUUCCCAUUGCCACCGCAACGUUCAUCACAGCCGUGGGAAUCACCAUUUUCCUACUCGUACAAAGGCAUCGGAGGUACGGUGAGCUACGAGAGGAUUGGGAGGUGGAGUUUGGGCCACAUCGGUUCUCGUACAAGGAAUUGUACCAGGCAACAGAAGGAUUCAAGGACAAGAACCUCCUAGGAGCAGGAGGCUUUGGGAAAGUACAUAAAGGAGUACUCCCAGUAUCCAAAUUGGAAGUAGCCGUGAAAAAAGUGUCCCAUGAGUCAAGGCAGGGGAUGAAGGAGUUCAUCACUGAGGUCGUUAGUAUUGGCCGCCUUCGACACCGCUACCUGGUGCAGUUGCUUGGCUAUUGCCGGCGCAAAGAUGAGCUCAUUCUGGUGUACGAGUACAUGCCGAAUGGCAGUCUUGACAAGUAUCUGCAUUGUGAAGAGUACAAGCCUACACUAGGUUGGACCCAGAGGUUUGGGAUCGUAAAAGGGAUCGCAUGUGGCUUGUUCUAUCUACAUGAGAAUUGGGAAAAAGUUGUCAUACACAGAGAUAUAAAAGCAAGCAACGUGCUCCUUGAUGGUGAAAUGAAUGGACGGCUUGGUGAUUUUGGCCUUGCAAGGUUAUAUGAUCAUGGUACCGACCUACAAACCACACAUGUGGUUGGCACCUUGGGUUACCUAGCCCCGGAGCUGCUACGCUCGGGGAAGGCUUCUCCUCUUACGGAUGUUUUUGCCUUCGGCACAUUCCUUCUUGAGGUAGCAUGUGGACAGAGACCAAUCAAGCAAGACAACGAAGACAAAGACGCUAUGCUGGUGGAUUGGGUACUCGAGCAUUGGCACAACGGGACGCUCUUGCAAACUGUGGACACUAGACUCCAAUGUAACUAUGAGAAGGACGAGGCCAGCAUGGUGCUGAAGCUAGGGCUCUUGUGCUUGCAUCCGUUACCCACUGCAAGGCCUAGCAUGAAACAAGUCAUGGAGUACCUCAGUGGAGAGACCACAUUACCCGAGCUGGCGCCCACACGUUUUAACUUCAACAUGAUGUCCAUAAUGCAAAACAGAGGAUUUCGCCCAUCCAUCAUGUCGUCUACAGACUUAACGACAAGCGUCGGCACAUUUUCUGACCUCUCUGGGGGGCGAUGAUGACCUAUGUUUGUGGUGUGAUAUAUGAAUAUGUAUCUGGAUCUGAAAUAAUAGUGGUGAGUGUUAUAUAUGAGUGAUUGUAUGGACGAUAAAUUAGUUGCCUUAGUAUGAUGCUACCAGGGGAUGUAUAUCAAUGGAGUGAAACGUACUAGAUGCAUAAGCCCUUUGUUGUAGCUUGAUGUGCUUAUUUUCACUAGAGCUUCUGUUUGUACCUUCGUUCCACUCAACAUUAUUUUGUUAGCAGUGUGAAACUCACAAUU